AUGCUUCGUUCCUGUGCUCGAAACCUGUUUCGCCUAGCAGUGAGACAGUAUUCCGCUCCAGCCGCUGCGACCACAAGUAAACUGUCCCCAGAAGAAAUUUUCAAGCGCGAAGACACGUACGGCGCUCAUAACUACCAUCCCUUGCCAGCAGCCUUGUCAAAGGGAGAGGGCGUAUUCGUUUGGGAUGUCACUGGCAAAAGAUAUUUCGAUUUUCUCGCCGCUUACUCGGCCGUAAAUCAAGGUCAUUGCCAUCCUAGAAUAGUGAAGACACUGCAAGAACAAGCUGAAGUUCUAACGCUUACAUCCAGAGCAUUUUACAACAACGUUCUGGGCGAAUUUGAAGAGUUUGCGACUAAGCUUUUUGGCUACGACAAGCUCUUGCCGAUGAACACUGGUGUUGAAGGUGGCGAAAGCGCGUGUAAACUUGCAAGGAAAUGGGGAUAUCAAGUCAAGGGAAUACCAAAGAACGAAGCCAAGAUUGUUUUUGUUGAAGAGAACUUCUGGGGGCGGACUCUUGCCGCAGUAUCGUCAUCUUCUGAUCCUGACUGCUAUGGAGAAUACGGCCCAUUUAUGCCUGGUUUUGAACUUAUUCCUUACAACGACCUUGCUGCUUUGGAG